CGUCCCAGAUCUGUACCUUUUGCUAUGCGGUCUAAAGUUGAUGCGGAAAUUAACAGACUGCUGAACGAAAACAUCAUCACUCCUGUGAAGUACUCAGAGUGGGCAGCGCCGGUCGUUCCCAUCCUCAAGCCUGAUGGUUCCAUUAGACUAUGCGGAGAUUAUAAGCUCACCAUAAACCAGGCAUCGCCGUUGGAACAAUAUCCCAUUCCACGUGUGGAAGACCUCUUCACAACCUUGUCUGGGGGCUCAUCAUUUUCAAAGCUGGAUAUGAGUCAUGCCUACCAGCAGAUUGUAAUGGACGAAAAUUCCAAGCAGUAUCUCACAGUUAACACCCACAAGGGCAUGUUCACCUACAAUCGUCUUCCAUUUGGAGUGGCUUCGGCACCCGCGAUAUUUCAAAGAACCAUAGAAGGGUUGCUGCAAGGAUUAACUCAUGUUGCAGUCUAUCUUGAUGACAUACUGAUCACUGGAGUAACUGAUGAAGAGCACUUGCAAACCCUGGAUGCCGUGCUCACUCGACUUCAAGGUGCUGGGCUGCGCUUAAAAAGGGACAAAUGUGAAUUCCUUCAAAAAGAAGUGCGUUAUUUAGGUCAUCUAGUUGAUGCCCAGGGGUUACACCCACUAAAAGACAAGGUGCAAGCCUUGACGGAAGCUCCGUGUCCCACUAAUGUCACUGAAUUGAAAGCCUACUUAGGGUUGUUGAAUUACUAUAACAAGUUCCUACCCAAUGUGUCGAGUAUCCUAGCUCCCCUCCACAUGCUGUUAAGAAAGGAUACUAAAUGGACCUGGGGUGAGUCACAGACCAAAGCUUUCAAAAAAUCAAAGGAACUUCUACAGUCCACAGAUGUGUUGGUACACUAUUCUUCAGAAAAAGACCUAAUUCUUUCAUGUGAUGCCUCUUCUUAUGGUGUGGGAGCUGUGCUUUCACAUCGAAUGGAAGAUAACACUGAGAAACCCCUAGGUUUCGUGUCCCGUACAUUGACACCAGCCGAGCGACGAUAUUCUCAGUUGGAUAAGGAAGCUUUAGCUAUCAUUUUUGGAGUAAAAAAAUUCCACAAGUAUUUAUAUGGUCGCAAAUUUACUAUUUGCACAGACCAUAAACCCCUGAUUUUCCUUUUUGCAGAAAAGAAACCCAUUCCUCAGAUGGGUUCCCCUCGAGUGCAAAGAUGGGCUCUGCUGAUGAGUGCCUAUGAAUACACGAUGGUGUAUAAGUCUAAAGACAGCCAUGCAAAUGCAGACGCCUUAAGCAGACUACCCCUUCUGGAAGUGGAACAAAAUCAAAGUAAUAAGUCAAGUCAAGUUUUGAUGUUGGAUAUGUUGGAGUUCGAACCAAUCAGUGCCACACAACUCAAAAGCUGGACAAACAAAGAUGUGCUACUUUCUCAAGUUCGCAAUUAUGUGCUGAGGGGAUGGCCAAAUCAAGUGGAUCCGCAAUACAACCCCUACCAUAAAAGGAAAUUGGAGUUGAGUGUGCGCGAUGGUUGUGUACUCUGGGGAGCCAGAGUAAUUGUGCCCAGUCAGGGUCGGGCCAUGCUUUUGAAACUGUUACACCAAUCACACACAGGAAUGGCGAAGAUGAAAGGAUUGGCUCGUUCCUAUUUUUGGUGGCCUGGGAUGGAUAAGGAAGUUGAGAAGGAGUCCCAACUUUGUGAAGAAUGUAUGAAGCACCGUAAAAUGCCUCCUGUAGCGCCACUGCAUCCCUGGGAAUGGCCCGAGACCCCUUGGUCCCGUAUUCACGUAGAUUACGCGGGCCCUUUCUUGGGAAAGAUGUUUUUGGUGAUUGUAGAUGCACAUUCUAAAUGGAUGGACAUUUACCCCAUGAACUCAUCAACAUCGCAAGCUACCAUUGAGAAACUGCGUCAAAGUUUCAGCAUUUUCGGAAUUACUCAGAUCUUGGUUUCUGACGAUGGCUUCUGCUUCACAAGCACAGAAUUUGAGAAAUUCAUGAAAAACAAUGGGAUUCGUCAUGUGAGAUCUGCACCAUUCCACCCUUCUUCUAAUGGAUUAGCGGAGCGAGCUGUCCAAACGUUCAAAGGAGGCCUGAGAAAGGUGAAGGGGGACACCUUGGAAACUAGGUUAUCACGAUUCUUGUUUAACUAUCGGAUCACCCCACAUGCUACAACAGGUGUGUCGCCUGCUGAGAUGCUUAUGGCAAGGAAGCUGAGAUCUACUUUCGAUCUUCUCUUGCCAGACAUUAAAGCAAAAGUGCAGCAAAAACAACAAAAGCAACGGGAGAGUCAUGACAAAAAUGCGAAGUUACGAGUUUUCACAACUGGAGAUGACGUAUUAGUGCGCAAUUACAGUUACGGUCCCAAGUGGAUACCUGCUGUCAUUGUGAAUUCCUCGGGUCCAGUCUCCUAUACAGUAGCUGUUGGAAGCGGACAAAUCCUGAAGCGCCAUGUUGAUCAAAUCCGAAUUCGACAUACGGAAACAUUUCAGGACUCUACCCAAGUAACAAUGCCCUCUGAUGGAAGUUCCCAGCUGCCUGAGAUUCCCUGUUUUACUGAAACGGAAACAGUACCAGAAGUAGACAUUCCAAGCCAGGACACAACAACAGUGGUAGCUAAGGAAAAGCUACACUCGCCUGACAAGUUAGAGACACCAGCUGUACCUCGGUUGCGUCGUUCUUCACGGGAGAGACGCCCCCCUAUUCGUCUCCAGGACUAUGUUCAGUAGCUGAGAACAUAGCUUUAAACAAGUUAUCAGAAUUAUUAUGAG